CUCAGUCAGACUCACUUCUUCCCUACAAGGCCACGCGACCGACUCCAGCAGUCCAACCAUGUCUUUGAUACAAGCCUUCUUGAAGCAGACAAUCUAUCUGGGCUUGCCCGAUGACUCAGUCCUAAAAAACGAAGGAACGGUGACCGCAGCAACCAAUUUCUGCCCAGGCGGAGAUGCAGGAGUCUUGGAUAAGGCCAUCAAGGCGAAAGGUGUAGAUGAGAAUACCAUUAUUGAAAUUCUGGUGAAAAGGAGCAACGAGCAGAGACAGCAGAUCAAAGAGGCUUACCAGCAGGCCUGUGGCAAGCCUCUGGAACCAGCGUUGAAGAGCGCUCUGAAGGGAGAUCUGGAGGAUGUGGUGUUGGCUCUGCUGAAAACACCGGCGCAGUACGAUGCCCAGCAGCUGAAACUGGCUAUGAAGGGUCUGGGCACAGAUGAGAACACCCUGAUAGAGAUUUUGGCGUCACGGACCAACAGACAGAUCCUGGAUAUAAAGACAGCCUACAAGGAGGAAUACAAGAAGGACCUGGAGGACGACAUCAGGUCCGACACUAGUGGAGACUUCAGGGCUGCCCUCCUUGCACUCUGCAAGGCCGGUAGGACUGAAGGAGUUUCUGAGCAGCUGGUUGACAGUGAUGCCAGGGCUCUGUACGAGGCUGGCGAGGGGAGGAAGGGCAAAGACUGCUCCAUCUUCAUUGAAAUCCUCACCACCAGAAGUGCCCUUCAUCUCCGCCAAGUAUUUGAGAGGUACUCAAAGUACAGCAAAGUGGACGUGGCCAAGGCUAUCGACCUGGAAAUGAAAGGAGAUAUUGAAAACUGUCUCACUGCAAUAGUGAAGUGUGCUGGAAGUAGGCCUGCAUUCUUUGCUGAGAAGCUCUACUUGGCCAUGAAGGGCAAAGGUACCCGCAAAAACAUCCUGACCCGCAUCAUGGUGAGCCGCUCUGAAAUUGACUUGAAACAGAUCAAGGAGGAGUACAAGAAAAACUACAACAAAACACUCUACCUUGAUAUUUUGGAUGACACUAAAGGAGACUAUGAGAAGAUUCUGCUUGCUCUCUGUGGGGGGGAAAACUAGUAGCCAUUCAAUGGUAUCAAAGCUCAUACAACAAAAGAUCCGCCCCAUGUGCAGUGGUGGAAAAAUGACUUAUAGUCUCUUGACACAUAUUGUGCCUUAGGCUCUUGUGACAAGACUGUCUUUUCUCUUUGUUUCUGUCAUUUAGAAGAUAUUAACAGCAAUGCGCCAAGUUUAACAUGGAACCAGCACUGCUUCAGCAGAUAUAUUCUGUCCAAGUUAUUCCUUUUCUUCCAACACUCUUAACCCAACGCACGUAUGAGCCAUGACAGAUUUACUCUUACAGUUAUUAGAUUCUCCCAUGUGGUACUUGAACGGAAGCUUAAGUCAGCAAUCACCUUGCAGCUGCAAACAGAUGUACACUGUACAGUCUAUGAUGUAGACUGUACUCCCCUAUUCAGUAGCAGAAGUCACCCUGAAGGAGCUUGGAUAUUUUGCAAAUAAAACCUUUUUGUAUCAAGGCC